AUGACCAUCUUCUCUUUCACUCUCCUGAUUGCUUUUUCCUUGGCAAUCACCCUCACUCAAACCUCUCUUUUACGGCCGGAAGUGGAAGCAAAGUCUGGUGGAUUUAGCAUUGAGCUGAUCCACCCUUCUUCUAAGAGAUCUCCUGCUUCCCUUUCCAUUGAGUUGGUUCCGGAUUUUCUUGGCAAUUACUUAAUAAAUUUUUCAGUUGGAACCCCACCAAAGUUCCAACUCGCAGUGGCCGGAAGUACUUUCAUGAACUGGAUACAAUGCGAGCCAUGUGUCCAGUGCUACUCACAACACCUCCCCAUAUUUAACUCUUUAAAAUCUUCCACCUACAAGGCACUGCCUUGUGCCUCUCCUAAAUGCUUCCAAGAUAACUGUGAGGGAAGCCAUUGUACCUAUGUCGCGGAAUAUGUUGAUCAAAGUUACUCGUAUGGUGAUUUAGCCGUGGAAAUGUUUACUUUCUACUCUCCACAAGGAGUUGAGGAAAUUUCUUUUCCGGAUAUUGUGUUUGGAUGUGCUCAUAGAUCCAAACUUGAAACUACUGCUCCAAAGGUAUCCGGCAUAAUAAGUCUUACCAAUUCUCCGCAGUCCUUAAUUUCACAAAUAAUUCCCUCUUUUGGAAAAAUAUUCUCCUAUUGCUUUGUGCCUUUGGCACAGUUAGAUGUCCCAAGCACACUGACAUUUGGUGAAAAUGCUUGGGGGAGUACUGGAUCACUAUUCACUCCUAUGCUUGUGAAGGAGUUGGAUCCGUCCUAUUUCCUAACCCUCGUGGGGAUAUCGAUUGGUGGCAAAAGAAUCGAUUUCUUUGGUAAUUCCUCAAAUAUAUUCCGAGAGGGAAAUAUUAAAAUAGACUCAGGAACUGCCAUGACAGUCCUUCCAACAUCAUUCUACAGCCAAAUCAAAACAACAUUUAUACAAGCCAUCGAUGCAGAACCGUUAGUUUAUGAGAACUCAAUUAGCCUCUGCUACAAGGACUUGACUGUGGUUCCUUCGGUAACAAUGCAUUUUAUUGCAGUGGACCUACCUCUAUCGAAGGACAAUAUAAUGUUUCCCAAGGGUGAAGGAAUUUGGUGCCUAGCAUUUCGACCAACGGAAGGUCAACCGUUGUACGGGAAUGUGGCCCAAACAAACUUUCUAGUCGGUUACGAUCUGAAUAAAAUGACCAUAUCUUUCAAGGCCACUGAUUGUACCAAGUUGGCCUGAUUAAUUAAUUUAGAUCUCAAAAUUUAAC